GGGAUGGCCCCGACCCGCAGCCGCUGCCGCCCGCUGUCCGCCUGCGCCUGGGCUCGCAGCGCCGGGAGCGGGGCAACUUCCACUUCGCGCGGGGUGACUUCGCCGCGGCGCUGCGAUCGUACCGGCUGUCCCUGCGCGCCCUGGACGGCCCCGCCGCCGGUGAGACCGGGCGGGAGGGAGGGCCCUGGGCUGCGGGGCUGGAGCGCUGAGAUCGCCACUCGCCCCGCAGCUCCACCCGGGCCCGAGGAGGAAGAGGAGCUGCGGGAGCAGCGCGUGAAGUGCCUCAACAACUGCGCGGCUGCCGAGCUGAAGCUGGGGCGGACGGAGGAGGCGCUGGCAGCCUGCGAGGCGGCCCUGCGGAUCUGCCCUGACAACGGUCGGGCGUUGCUGCGGCGCGGGCAGGUGGGACUCGCAGCGCCCCGCACCGCCCCGCUCCGCUCGGCCGGGCCGUCCAGCCACCCUCCGCUCCUCUCCCCGCAGCUGCUGGCAGAGCAGGGCCGGGACGCAGAGGCGGCGCUCGUCCUGAAAAGAGCCCUGGAGCUGGACCCGGCCAGCAAGGUGUGGGAGGCAGGGUGCGAGGGCGGGCGGUGGUCCCACAGCACCUGGUACUAGGAGCGACGGGGAGGAAGAGGAUCCCGCGGGAGUCGGUGGGCCGGGUGUCCCACCGCACCGCCCCUUGUCCGCAGGUGAUCCACACCGAGCUCUCACGGCUGGCGAAGCGCCAGAGCCCUCCAUCCAGCACCAGCCCGCAGAAUCCCCGCCACGACCUGAU